UCCUCCGCCUGUCGGCGAAGUCGCCUCCUCUUGCUCUUACUCAUUCCAGUUGCUGUGGGAGAAGCAGGGCUGUGGUUCUGCUCUGUUGUAUUCUUUACUUUGACGAAUUUAAUUUCUGUUUUCUUCGCGCCGGAACAGUAACGCGGAAUCUACAAUGGUGCUCGACUUGGACUUGUUCCGUACAGAUAAAGGCGGAGAUCCGGACAAGAUUAGAGAGACGCAGGCCAAACGCUUUAAGGAUGUCAGCCUGGUAGACAAGCUUGUGGCGGCAGACGGAGAGUGGAGGAAGUGCAGAUUCCGAGCCGAUAACCUGAACAAAAUGAAAAACCUCUGCAGCAAGACAAUAGGCGAGAAGAUGAAGAAAAAGGAGCCUGCUGGUGAGGAUGAUGCCCUUCCUGAGAAUGCCCAAAAUGUGGAUGAACUGACAGCAGAGAUCCUGUCUGGCUUAACGGUGACACAGAUUAAGAAGAUUCGUAUUUUGAUAGAUGCAGCAAUAUCAGAGGUGGAUGCUGAGAGGAUAAAGCUGGAGGGAGAACGAUUUGAGCACCUGAGAGAGAUUGGCAACCUUCUUCAUCCAUCUGUUCCCAUCAGCAACGAUGAGGAUGCAGAUAAUAAAGUAGAGAAGACCUGGGGAGACUGUACGGUGCAGAAGAAGUACUCACAUGUUGAUAUCGUUGUAAUGGUAGAUGGGUAUGAAGGAGAAAAGGCUGCUGUAGUGGCAGGGAGCAGAGGCUACUUCCUAAAGGGACCACUGGUUUUCCUGGAGCAAGCACUGAUCAACUAUGCCCUGAGGAUUCUGCACACGCGUGGCUACACACCAAUCUAUACACCUUUUUUCAUGAGAAAGGAGGUCAUGCAAGAGGUGGCACAGCUCAGCCAGUUUGAUGAAGAGCUGUACAAGGUUAUUGGUAAGGGAAGUGAGAAAUCAGAUGACAGUAGCAUUGAUGAGAAGUACUUAAUUGCCACCUCAGAGCAGCCCAUUGCUGCCUACCUCCGAGAUGAGUGGCUGAAGCCUGAAGACCUACCCAUCAAAUUUGCUGGUAUCUCCACCUGCUUCCGACAGGAAGUAGGCUCUCACGGCCGUGAUACCAGAGGCAUCUUUCGUGUGCACCAGUUUGAGAAGAUUGAACAGUUUGUUUAUGCCUCCCCCCAUGAUAAUAAGUCUUGGGAAAUGUUUGACGAGAUGAUUGCUACUGCCGAGGAGUUUUACCAGUCUCUGGGCAUUCCGUAUCGCAUUGUGAACAUUGUGUCUGGGUCUCUCAAUCAUGCUGCAAGUAAGAAGCUGGACUUGGAGGCAUGGUUCCCAGCCUCUGGUGCAUUCCGUGAGUUAGUGUCUUGUUCAAAUUGCACAGACUACCAGGCCCGCCGCCUUCGAAUCCGCUAUGGGCAGACUAAGAAGAUGAUGGACAAGGUUGAGUAUGUUCACAUGCUCAAUGCUACCAUGUGUGCAACUACACGAACUAUCUGUGCCAUUUUGGAGAACUACCAGACAGAAGAGGGAGUAGUCAUACCAGAAGUCCUUCGUGAAUUCAUGCCUGCAGGUGAAUUACCAAUGUAUAGAGUCUUGACGUGUCUUUAG